GGGCGGGCGGCUCAGCCAUGGCCCUGCGCAGGGAGCUGCUCAAGUCCAUCUGGUACGCCUUCACCGCGCUGGACGUGGAGAAGAGCGGCAAGGUCUCCAAGUCCCAGCUCAAGGUGCUGUCCCACAACCUGUACACAGUCCUGCACAUCCCCCAUGACCCUGUGGCCCUGGAGGAGCACUUCCGGGACGAUGACGAUGGCCCAGUGUCCAGCCAGGGCUACAUGCCUUACCUCAACAAGUACAUUCUAGACAAGGUGGAGGAAGGGGCUUUCGUUAAGGAGAACUUCGAUGAGCUGUGCUGGACCCUGACGGCCAAGAAGAACUAUCAAGCGGACAGCAAUGGGAACAGCCUGCUCUCCAAUCAGGAUGCCUUCCGACUCUGGUGCCUCUUCAACUUCCUGUCUGAGGACAAGUACCCUCUGAUCAUGGUUCCCGAUGAGGUGGAGUACCUGCUGAAGAAGAUCCUCGGCAGUAUGAGUCUGGAGAUGGGCUUGGGCGAGCUGGAGGAGCUGCUGGCCCAGGAGUUCCAGGAAGCCCAGACCACAGGCGGCUUCAGCGUCUGGCAGUUGCUGGAGCUCUUCAACUCAGGCCGGUGCCUGCGGGGCGUGGGGCGGGAGACCCUCAGCAUGGCCGUCCACGAAGUGUACCAGGAGCUCAUCCAAGACAUCCUGAAGCAGGGCUACCUGUGGAAGAGAGGACACCUGAGGAAGAACUGGACGGAGCGUUGGUUCCAGCUGCAGCCUGGCUGCCUGUGCUACUUCGCGAGCGAAGAGUGCAAGGAGAAAAGAGGCGCCAUCCCGCUAGACGCUCACUGCUGCGUGGAGGUGCUGUCGGACCGUGAGGGAAAGCGCUGCAUGUUCUGUGUGAAGACGGCCAGCCGCACGUAUGAGAUGAGCGCCUCGGACACACGCCAGCGUCAGGAGUGGACAGCUGCCAUCCAGACAGCCAUCCGGCUGCAGGCCGAGGGGAAGACGUCGCUGCACAAGGACCUGAGGCAGAAGCGGCGCGAGCAGCGGGAGCAGCGGGAGCGGCGCCGGGCAGCCAAGGAGGAGGAGAUGCUGCGGCUGCAGCAGCUGCAGGAGGAAAAAGAGCGUAAGCUGCAAGAGCUGGAGCUGCUGCAGGAGGCGCAGCGGCAAGCCGAGCGGCUGCUGCAGGAGGAGGAGGAGCGCCGUUGCAGUCAGCACCGCGAGCUGCAGCAGGCUCUGGAGGGCCAGCUGCGCGAGGCCGAGCAGGCCCGGGCCUCCAUGCAGGCUGAGAUGGAACUGAAGGAGGAAGAGGCGGCCCGGCAGCGGCAGCGCAUCGCGGAGCUGGAGGAGAUGCAACAGCGGUUGCAGGAGGCUCUGCAACUGGAGGUGAAGGCCAGGCGGGACGAGGAGGCCGUGCGCCUCGCCCAGACCAGGCUGCUGGAGGAGGAGGAGGAGAAGCUGAUGGAGCUGAUGGAGCUGAAGCAGCAGCAGGAGCGCUACAUCGAGCGCGCGCAGCAGGAGAAGCAGGAGCUGCAGCAGGAGAUGGCGCUGCAGAGCCGCUCCCUGCAGCGGGCCCAGCAGCAGCUGGAGGAGGUGCGGCAGAACCGGCAGAGGGCGGACGAGGACGUGGAGGCUGCCCAGCAGAAGUUGCGCCAGGCCAGCACCAAUGUCAAACACUGGAAUGUCCAGAUGAACAGGCUGAUGCAUCCCAUUGAGCCCGGAGACAAGCGUCCCGUCACCAGCAGCUCUUUCUCAGGCUUCCAGCCCUCUCAGCUUGCCCGCCGGGACUCCUCCCUGAAGCGCCUGACCCGCUGGGGAUCCCAUGGCAGCAGGAGCCUGUCACCUAGCAGUAGUGAACAGAAGUCCCUCAAUGGUGGGGAUGAGACCCCUAUCGUGGCUUCCACCUCUCAGGAAGACAAACUGGAGCCAGCACCAGAAAAUUAGCCUCUCCGGCCCCUUGUUCUUCCCAGUGUCAGGUCUAUCAGGAUAUGGCUACAGCUGACCUGUGAGUAACACCGGCUUCUCUUAGGAGAAGGAAUUGGGGCCAUGGUGCCAGAGGCCAAGACCCUCCAUCCAGAAGCUGAUCCAGGAAGGGACGUGGUGCAUCUUUCUCACCAGGCCCCGAGCAUGGAGACUGUCUGGGAUGGUAAAGUUGAAAUCAUUGGCUGUGUGCUUCAAGCCCAAAGGACCCCGCGACCAGAGCUUGGAAAGAAAGCAGACAAACACGACAAGGGCCAUCUGCCCCAGGGUGCCACCAAGUUGUAAACGUGUAUUUCUAAUAAAAACUGUUCUUGGCAUGAA